CCCUUUCGACAUGGCGACCAGCACGAGAAAUGUGACCGAUAAUACCGGUUGGCCAAAAUGGCAAAUUGCAGUUGCUGUUGGUGUCGGGGCACUAGGUGUAGGAACCAUAUAUUAUCUAUAUCGUCGAAAUAACAAGCAAAAGGCGAAAACAUGCGAAGUGGUAGAAAAUGUGGAACCAAAAACACAGGAUCCAACAGAGAAAGCUCAGGCAGCAAAGAACAAGGGAAAUGUGUUUUUUAAAUCUGGCCGAUUUGAUAAAGCCAUUGAUUGCUACACCUCUGCGAUAUCUGUCUGCCCAAAAGAGAACAAGUCAGAACUGGCAACAUUUUAUCAAAACAGGGCUGCAGCAUUUGAGCAACUGAAAAACUAUGCAAAAGUCAUUGAGGAUUGUAAUAAUGCAGUGGAGCUCAAUGGCAAAUACACCAAAGCUUUAUUUAGACGAGCUAAAGCUUCUGAACAACUUAACUCAUUGCCGCAGUGUUUGGAAGAUAUUACAGCAGUGUGUAUACUCGAAGACUUUCAGAACCAUAAUUCCCUCGUGAUGGCAGAUAGAGUGCUAAAGGAACUAGGCAAGCAGCGAGCAAAAGAGGCUUUUAAGAAUAGGACUCCCGUGAUGCCGUCGCAGCAGUUCAUCAAGUCGUACUUCUCUGCGUUCGCCGAGGAUCCGGUGUUCAAUUCCAUCAAGGCUGAGGAGAAUGAGAAGGACCGUGACGAGAGUGAUGAAGUUAGUGGCUACGAGAAGGCUAAGCAGCUGCUGCGCGGCCACCAGUACGAGCACAUCAUUGACGAGUGCAGUGCAGAGCUGGCCCGCGCCGACUCGCAGCACCGGCCUGAGGCACUGCUGCUGCGCGCCACCUUCUACCUGCUGCUCGGCCAGAGUGACAAGGCGAUGAAAGACUUCAACGAGCUUAUGGCGAUCGACGGCGCCAGCGAUAGGGUGAAGACAAAUGCAUUGAUUAAGCGAGGCAGCCUGAAGAUGCAGCAGGGUGACCAGGAUGGAGCCCUAAGUGACUUUGCUCUCGCAGGAGAGAUCGACAGCGUCAACUCCGACGUCUACCACCACAGGGGCCAGCUGAAUCUACUGAUGGAUAAGUGCAAGGAAGCUCUCAGCGACUUCAAUAUGUGUGUGGAGCUGAAGGGCGACUUCCCGGUCGCUCACGUGCAGAUGUGCUACACAAAGUACCGCUACGCACUCAUGACGAAGACUCCACACAAGGUAGAGGAGGCCAUGAAAGAUUUUAAUGAGGUGCUAGUAAGAUUCCCCACCUGUGCAGAAGGCUUCGCACUCUAUGGACAGGCCCUCUACGACCAAAACGAUUUCGGGAAGGCCGACGACUAUUUCAAGAAGGCGCUAGACAUUGAACCUGAAAAUGCUAACGUUUAUGUUCACAGAGGGUUGCUCAUGCUGCAGUGGAAGCAGGACAUAGAGGCUGCAGCAAAGCUCAUAAACAAGGCACUCGAGAUCGAUGAUCGGUGCGAGUUUGCCUACGAAACCCUGGGGACCAUAGAGGUUCAGCGGUCGCACAUGGAGAAUGCGAUAAGUCUCUUCGAGAAGGCGAUCUGGCUCGCGAAGACCGAAGUUGAGCUCGCUCACCUCUACUCGCUCUACGAGGCCGCCAAGGCGCAGCAGUCGAUCGCACGCAAGCUCGGCAUCGCCAUGCCCAGCCUCUGAUGUGCGGCGCCACCUAGCGAGACGACGUCGCCGUCGCCACGGCCUCCACCAGGUGUCGGUCAGGGCAUCAGUGGUGGUGCGUGAGUGUCUGUGUGUGUGUGUGUGGGGGUUGAGGCUUGAGUACCGAUAGGAUGGUGGGUGCGAGACGAUAGGGUCCUACCAGAGCAAAAUCCACGCGGGUGUUCGCUGUCGGCGCCACUAGAGGUCGCCGCCGAUGGGGGCGUACGCGAUUUAACGUGCGUCGUUGACGUCGAACCGGGAAAUUCGAUUGCGAUCAUUACUGGAAGCGUCGGGGUCAGGUCGAGCCGACGGAAGGUUGCACACAUGUCGAGGAAUGAUCCUGCGGGAUGCGUUUAGGGUUUCCUAGUUUAGCUCUCCUGCGAAUAGUAGUACACAGUGAACCAACACGAGUUCGAUGAUUGCGCAUUCACGUUUCUAUCGAUCUGGGAAGUAUUUAUUCUGGUAGUUAGCCAUUGAAUGACAUCGUUGUAGGUUUUAGAUUCUUGGAAGUUAUCAGUUUCGAAAUACCGUGAUUUUUUAUUGGUAUAAUAGUAGUGAAUUUCUAUGAUAAUAAUGUAAUCAAGAGGUAAUGAUGCCUUGUACUCUUGUUCCCCCGAUUUCAUACCAGUGUGAUUUUGUUGAACUAUAUUGCUAGUAUUAUACGUGCACGUAGGGUUAUACUUGGAUCAAGUAAAUUAACCACCCUCCUCCUACACUGAUGCACAAGGUGGUAUCCACUUUGCUGGCAUGUAUGCAAAUUUCAUUACUCAAGUGCAGCUGGUCCGUAGCUGUAGUAGUGGUCCACCAAGCACCGUCACCAUCCUCUUAACCAUCAGGAACAAUUGGCAGUAAUUGACAUAGAGACAUGUUUACUAGGUUUGUCUUGAAGAUUUAUGCAAGCCGUGUGUAUGUAGAGGAACUUCUGCCGGUAUUUGGGUGUUGAUGAUAAUGGGCAAUAGUAGCCAUGUUUUGUCGUGUACUCCACAGUUAUAUGUUACCUGAUGCAACCUUGUUACCAUGUAAACCUCUCCCCCCCUCUCUCUCUCGUAGUCUCUGUUAUAUAGUGGUACAUAUAGUCACAGCUGGUGUUCGGAGGCGUGAAUGUGAAAUAAACAGUCCGUGCGCGCGCGCGUGUGUGUGUGUGUGUAUCCGACACCUAGCUUGUUGUUAUACGUGUGUGGGUGUAGUGCGGGCGGGCAAGCAGGCCGACAUGUACGUGUUCUGCCAAUAUGUGUGUACAUAAUUUUGCGAGCAGCCAGAAGGUUGUCUCUGUCGACCCUAUGUUUGUGGCUUGUGAGCGUACAAGCCCAUAAAUCAUUCAUAGAAGAGGGAGUCGAGGUGUUUGCACGAGCGCGAACACGCUUUCCCGCGCGCGCUUCGCGAAUGUUUGGGGCUGUAAAAUGACGUUACAUAUAUAAUCAUAUACUGACUGUGGAACAGCAUUAAAAUUUUACAUACAAAUGUGAGCAAAA